AUGGAGGAUGAGGAACUUUCCACCCUGUUCCUCAUACCUCUAAAGUUGAAUCAUGACUACAUAAAGAUUAAGAUUAAUCUUAAUCUUGAUGAUGAGAUGAAGGUGGAUGUGGAGGUGGAGGUGAAGAUGAAGGUAAAGGUGAAGGUGAAGGUGAAGGUGAAGGUGAUGGUGAAAGUGAAGGUGAAGGUCAAGGUGAAGGUGAAGGUGAAGGUGAUGGUGAAGGUGAUGGUGAAGGUGAAGGUGAAGAUGAAUGUGAAGGUGUUGGUGAAGUCGAAGGUGAAGGUGAAGUUUCAGGUGAAGGGGAAGGUGAAGUCGACGGUGAAGGUGCAGGUGAAGGUGAAGGUGAAGGUGAAGGUGAAGGUGAAGGUGAAGGUGAUGGUGAAGGUGAAGGUGAAGGUGAAGUCGAAGUCGAAGUCGAAGUCGAAGUCGAAGUCGAAGUCGAAGUCGAAGUCGAAGUCGAAGUCGAAGUCGAAGUCGAAGUCGAAGUCGAAGUCGAAGUCGAAGUCGAAGUCGAAGUCGAAGUCGAAGUCGAAGUCGAAGUCGAAGUCGAAGUCGAAGUCGAAGUCGAAGUCGAAGUCGAAGUCGAAGUCGAAGUCGAAGUCGAAGUCGAAGUCGAAGUCGAAGUCGAAGUCGAAGUCGAAGUCGAAGUCGAAGUCGAAGUCGAAGUCGAAGUCGAAGUCGAAGUCGAAGUCGAAGUCGAAGUCGAAGUCGAAGUCGAAGUCGAAGUCGAAGUCGAAGAUGAAAGUGAGGGUGAAGGUGAAGGCGAAGGUGAUGGUGAAGUUGAAGGUGAAGAUAAAUGUGAAGGUGAUGCUGAAGUCGAAGGUGAAGGUGAAGGUUAAGGUGAAGGGGAAGGUAAAGGUGAUGGUGAAGGUGAUAGUGAAAGUGAAGGUGAAGUCGAAGGUGAAGUCGAAGGUGAACGCAAAGUCGAAGUCGAAGUCGAAGGUGAAGGUGAAGGUGAUGGUGAAAGUGAGGGUGAAGGUGAAGGUGAAGGUGAUGGUGAAGUCGAAGGUGAAGGUGAAGGUUAAGGUGAAGGGGAAGGUGAUGGUGAAGGUGAAGGUGAAGGUGAAGGUGAAGGUGAAGGUGAAGGUGAAGGUGAAGGUGAAGGUGAAGGUGAAGGUGAAGGUGAAGGUGAAGGUGAAGGUGAAGGUGAAGGUGAAGGUGAAGGUGAAGGUGAAGGUGAAGGUGAAGGUGAAGGUGAAGGUGAAGGUGAAGGUGAAGGUGAAGGUGAAGGUGAACUACCAACAACAACUACCCAGCUCAAUUCGCUUAGACGAUCUAAAUCAUCAUUUCUCUACAGUACCUACCAUAGAUCAUCUAGUGAACCACGACACUACAUAA